AUGGCUACCCAGCCCGGUACAACAGCAUCUUCGAGCGCCACCCUCGUAGAUCACUUCCGCUUACCACCAAACGCCGCUGCUUCUCCCAACUCACCGCCAAACACCGUGACGGCCACCAACGCCGACCUCUGGACGCAGCACCUCUCUACAUCCUUCGGCACCAUAGCAGACCAAAUUACCGCCGCCUCGCACGUACUCGCAGCUGUCGAGGUACCUGCCGGGACGCCCGCAGUCCUACCGACGGACAGUACGACCGCGAUCGCAGCGCUCGCCUCUCGCCUAGACGCAAUCGAGCGCACGCAGGAGCAUCUUGCGGAAGAGCUCGACGCCGUGCGCGCACACAUGGGCAAGGCAGACAACGCACCGUCCACGAACGGAGCGCUUGCAGUCGAGGAGGAGCCUCGCGCUCCGGGAACCGGGGCGCCAGAAGCGGAGCCAACGGACCUCGCGAAGACAGUAGAAGAGCUGCAGAAGAAGGUCGAUAAGCUCGCUGAAACGUUCCGGGGCGGCACGCGAGCGCUAACGGUCUUCCCGCGAUGCAGCCAGUCGCGCCUGUAUGCGCGCCUGAGGAACGCGGUGAUCCCGAUAAAUAAGACGCCGAUUUCUCCGCUCGUGAUGGCCAACGGAAAGACCCCCGCUAACUUCCCAGGGACGAAGGGCGAGUUCGAGCGCAUGACGAAGGAGCGCUACGAACACUUGCUGAAAUCGUACGACCAACCCGUCAAGGGCGACACUGCGGCCAAGCGCCAGGCUGCACGCGAGUUUCUUGGACUGCCUCCGGUGUUUUGA